UUAAAACGUUUACGGAAUAACCAGAGAAGAAGAGCGAGAAGACGAGAGGCGGGGCGCAAACACCUCUCAUUUUUAGUGUGGACUGUUUUCAUUCAGUCUGGUGGCCAAUCUUCAUUAAUUGCACAUUGAACCAAUAAGAGCAGACUGUGAAGGUCCAAUUAGCAGGCACAAUAUCUGACACAUCCAGACAGAGCUUGCAGAACAAAGUCUCUAAUCAGAGGGAUUUACAAGAACAAAGGCUCAGAGAGAGCUACGUGGGAUUGACUUCACCAGAAAAGUAGAACCACAGCUUCUUCUUACGAGUGAACAGACCGCUCUGUGAUUGGACGACACGAGAGAUAAACUCCUCUCCCUCCCCCUUCGUGUUUUUAACUGGGAUUCCCCAACAACGUGGUGUACUAACUCAAAAUAUUUUGAAGAUAUACGAAUUGAAGGCUUCCACGGAACCCCAGUGAGUCAACACUGUUGAGCUAAGCUCUUCCCAUGGCUGAGGCACUGGAAGAGGGUCUUUUUACCUUAGACGAUCUGCCAGACUCUUUCCCUCAGCUGUGGGAAUCCGUCUCAACCAACCUGCCGGAAAUUACAAAUGAGAAUGAGGCGGCUCAUAUGAAUUUUCUUGAUGACGGGGACAUAACGACUUAUGAUCUCCUGUUAAAGACUGAGGCAGCCGGAGACGUUGUGAACCCUCCGUCAUCAUUAGUCCCUGUGACUACGGACCACUCUGGAGAAUAUGGCCUGGAACUGCAGUUUGAAAAAUCUGGAACAGCCAAAUCCGUCACAUCAACUUACUCUCCAUUGCUGAACAAGCUGUUCUGCCAGGUGGCAAAAACUAGUCCUGUUGGCAUCAUUCUCUCUUCUGAUCCUCCUCCUGGAGCCGUUCUGAGGGCAACUGCGGUCUACAAAAAGACGGAGCACGUAGCCGAGGUAGUGAAAAGGUGCCCACAUCACCAGAGCGAGGAUGCAUCAGAGAAUCGCAGCCAUUUGAUUAGGAUGGAGGGGAGUCAGCUGGCCCAGUAUUUUGAAGACCCCAAUACAAAGAGGCAGAGUGUCACCGUUCCAUAUGAGCGCCCACAAGUUGGUUCAGCAGUGACGACAAUACUGAUCAGCUUCAUGUGCAACAGCUCCUGCAUGGGGGGGAUGAAUCGACGUCCGAUUUUGACUAUUCUAACCCUGGAGACACCAGAAGGGAUGGUAUUGGGCAGGAGGUGCUUUGAGGUCCGUGUCUGCGCCUGUCCUGGUCGCGAUCGGAAAACUGAGGAAGAAAACAAGAUGAAGACCAAACCAGUCAAGAAAAAGAAAAACUCUUCUGCUCCCGAAGCGUCUAGUGCCAAGAAAUCUAAAUCUGGUUCCAGCGGUGAGGAGGAGGAAAAGGAGACCUAUAUUCUUACUAUAAAGGGUCGAAACCGCUACCUUUGGUUCAAGACCCUGAAUGAUGGGCUGGAACUAAUGGACAAAGAGGGGGGCAAAAAACCCAAACUUGAAAUCCCGGCCCCCUCCAGUGGAAAGAGGCUGAUGCGAGGCCAAAGUGAAAGUGAUUAACUACUCCCGUUCAUUUUCUUCUUUUUUUUUAAUGUUUUCUAUUUUUAUAUACUUCCUGUAAUCUUGAUACUAAAAACGUCCGUUUAAUGGGGAUGAAUUUUUUGUUUUCUAUCGGAUCAGACUUGGUCAUGGGGUUUAAUUCAAAUGUAAGAAUCUGUUUACUGUUUUCCCUGUAUUAGAAUUGGUAAUCAUUGUUUGCUAGCUUAAGCUGUUCAUGUUUUUUUUACUUUGUUUCAAACGAUUCGCUGCCAUUUUCUUAUAACAGUUGGGUUCUGCUGGGUUUUGCAGGCAGUAUUUUACUUCUAUUAAAAGACUUCAACCAAUAUUUGUUCUGUAACCAGGUGAAAUAAAAUGUAUCUUGAAAAUUAUGGUUGGAUUCUUCAGUGCCUCAAGCCAAAUAAAGCCCAGUUAUCAGAAUAUGUUCUUAGUAGGAAAAAAAAUAAUUAUGUAUUAGAUGGGUUUUAGUAACUGUAAUUGUUUUUUUUAUUUUUAAUCUUCUAAAUUUCAUUUUUUAUGUUUCGUCUAAAGUAGUGUUAGUAAACAACGGGUUGGCUGGAUCACCCUUUAAACAUAAGGUUUAUUUUUUUUUGUUUUUUAUACAAACAUAGUUAGAAUAUGGCCCAUGUUAUAAAACAAAUUGUCAUUUGAUACAGAAGAAAAAUAUCUAACGAUGUUGAGCUGUAUUUAAAAAUGGUGAUUCAACUGCAUCUUUACAGCAUUAGAUUCCAUUUAUUUUCUUAUUAAAACCACUUCUGGCACUUUGGUUUGAUGUGACCAAUCAAUGACUGAGGACCACUUUGACAUAAACACUGCCAAAACACAAUAACCAGAGGCAUUUUUGGUGUCAUUACUGUUUUUUUUUUUUUAUUAUAUAUAUUUGUUAUCUGGGGAUUUAAUUCUGCAGAAUUUUUUUUGUUUUUGUUUCUCUGUAUUCCACCAUUUUCAUGUAUUUUUCUACUAAUUGCUAUUUACACUUGAGCUUUAAAUUGAAAUAAACGUCUUGCGUCUCAA